CCUUCGAGUGGGAUAUUAUGAUAUCUUUCGGUUUCGAUAAACAGGUCUUGUGAUGAUAUAUAAAGUCGUGCCUUGAUUUAGUGUCAGUAACAAUUGUUUCUUCAACAUUAUAACACCAGUAAUAACAGUGUAACGGAAUAUUUUCUCGGUAAAUAUUGUUUUCGGAGACUGUUCUCGUUUCGCAAUUCAAAUUGUAUUCAACGUAAAACAUGCCAAGAAGACGUAAAAAUCUACUGAAGAAUCCAUGUGCGAAAGCAGGUUUAUAUUACUGGAAGGCUGUGUAUGACGGUGGAGAUGGUUUCAAGUGUGAAGAGGAACCGAUCGGAUGCGUCAAGAUUUGUGAUUGCACCAGUGUGAAAGAGAAUCUCCCAUGUUGGUCAACAAGUUCCCAACUUUGUGAAAAGUCACAGCUGGUCUAUUUACCGGAGUUCGACAUAAGCGAGGAGAGACUGGAUGAGAAAAAGCCACCAAUUAGAAUUAAAGACUGGUAUGGUUCACGUGUUGACUGUGGCAGUCUGUACAAUCUUAGCGUGCGGCUAUUAGCAGACGACAAAUCAACUGAACUAGACGUUUGGAAAUACAGCGAUACCAAAGAGAGAGGCGCUGGCUGGACAAAAGUGAAGCACGUGUUUAAAGACUAUCCACCAGGUGUCCGUUACGUGGAGUUUAAACAUGGCGGACAGGAUUUAAAUUUCUGGGCUGGACAUUUUGGUGCCAAAAUGACGAAUUCUGGAGUUUUUGUCGGCGAUAGUAAGAACGACCGAAAGAAAAAGAAAAGAGCUGUGCGAGAAAAGCUCUGCAAGAAUUUGCUGAAGAAUCCAUGCGCAGCAUCCUGUUUGGAGGGUUGGACCAUUGUCGGUGAUGGUGAGUGGGCCUGUGAGAAGGAGCCAAUUGAGUGUAAGCCAAUCAUAGAAGCCAACGAAGAAGCUGAAGGUGAAUCCUGUUGGGCAACAUCUUACCAGGACGGUGAGAAGAAGCAGGUCAUUGACCUUGGUUUUGAAGGGUUCUAUCCUGACUACAUGGAUGAAAUUAGACCGGAGAUCAUAUUUAGCGAAUGGUUCGGAUCACGAAGCGAUGCGGGUUGUGUGCACUGGUUAACAGUUCGUCUGCUUAAUUCUGAUAUGAAAACGCUUUACGAAAAGGUGAUCAAGGAUACAACAGUAGCUGAGGGUGAUUGGCAUAAGGUCGAAGGGAGUUUUAGAGGCUAUGGACCUGGUGUGCGUUUUAUUGAGUAUUCGCAUGGCGGUCGUGGCACGUGCUUUUUGGCGGGAAAUUAUGGCGCCAAAAUCAAAAGAAGUUUUGGAGGCUAUGGGCCCGGUAUGCGUAAUAAGAAUUCGCAUGGCGGUCGUGGCACUUGCAGUUGGGCGGGAAAUUAUGGCGCCAAAAUCACCUGCUCGUUUGUAACAGUCGUUGCAGAGGCCGAAAUAUCGUCUUCGUCUUCUUCUUCGUCAGAUGAAAACUGAGAACAACAAUUCAUGUGUUUAAAAUGGUUUUAGUAUUGAUUUACAUAUUGAAUUAAAGACAUUUAAUGAUAUGGCGUUUCAGUAAUUUUGAUAUCAUAUUUUCAAAUUAUCUUCACGUACAACUCUUAUAUUUGCUACUUUUAAAUUUGAUGCAAAGUUCAUAUACGCAUGUUUUUCAGUGUUUAUGUUACAUAUGUUAACUAGUUAUUAACUACAAAUAGAUAAUGCCUGUGACUGUUAGUUGUGUGUAUACGUGUGUGUGUGUGUGUGUGCUUGCGUGCGGCUGUCGUUAACAGUGUAUGGAGACUGCGUUUUAGGAACUUGGUUUUCCUUGUUAAAUAUUCAUCCUUGCUGUUUUUACUUCCCAUCCCACCUUGUUAUUUACCCGUUACCCCCUUUUUAUAUUUUGCAUAUAAUUAAAAUGUAUUUGUUGGAUUUUUUAAGCAACCCGUCUACUGUAUUUUUCCGCCGUUACAGUUUCUGUUUCGCUGGCCUACUUUGCGAUGCAUGGCUCUAUUGGCUGUGUUUGAAUCGCUAUUUAAUGUAAUUCUGCGAAAUCUACAUUACCUUUUGUAUUGGUAAACCUAGGUUUUGGUCGAGAUAUAUAUUGCUUUUUGUGCAUAUCUUUUUGCACUGUUUGGAGGAUAAUGACGUCUUAAGAGAGCAUCAUAUUACGCAACUAGGUUAUCCGUUUGAUAACAUAUUGCAUACUUUCCCCGACUUGGAACAUAGUUGCUGUAAAAACAAAUACUUGCUCUUACAGUUUGUUUACUAGGUCAUGCGUAUUUACACUUUUUCAAACUAAACUUUCUCUACUUACAAAAUGAUCUUUCUACUUUCUGAUUAUGUUUUGUUUUAGCUUGAGCUCACGUUUUUUCUUAUACUAGAAACUUUAAAUUAUGGAAGCCGGAGUUAAGGUUACAAAACGUAAUCUUUAAUGUUUACAAACACGAUGUUUACAAAAACGAACUGUAAAUGCAUAUUUUACACUUGUCAUUAUAUUUCUAUCCUCAAUAAUUAUGUUGUAAAUAUGUCUCUUAACAUUUAUUCAAAGCUUUAGUUGUUUUAGAAUAAUCUUGCAAAAUACGCGUUUGUUUACAUUUUGUUGGUCAUUUUCUUGUUUGACUAGAGCUGACCAACGAAACAAUGAAAAUGAUUUAUUAAAAAUUUGUACAGACACGUUUCGGGACUGAAAUUUUACUGUUAUGUCAAGGAUGUUAAGUUUAAUUAUAUUGAAUUUGGUAGAUUUUCCAGAA